AUGAAUUCUCUACCUUUUAUUCGUUUAUUUAAAUGUAGUAUGUUCACCGCCACUUUUGGCGCUCGAAAUGUUGUACGUAUCAAUCCUCAAAUUUCUAUAUCUCCGAAGUAUACCUCUAAAUCUGCCGGAAUGAAUACCAAAGAUAAAAAAACUUUUAAAAGGGGUCGUAAGUCCCCCAGAAAUACCGUCAAACCUGUCGAAAAGAAUCCACAAGCACCAAAAACCCCUGGAAAUGAAGAAGUCGUGGACGAAAGUGGUUCCUUAUAUUCUAAAAUGU